AGAGAGAGAGAGGGAGAGAGAGAGCGCAAAUUCCUCUUGGAGGCACAAAUGGAGGUCGGAAAAUUGGUCGUGGAGAAGGUCUUCGGGAAGUCAACCCUAACCCGCUGCUUCUCUAAAUACCCAUUGAAAUUCAUUAGCCCUAACAAGGUGGGCCCUUCCCAAAUUACCGACGCAGUGUGGAUUUACACCAUCACCUAUGGCGGAGGCAUCGUCUCUGGGGACUCCAUAGCUUUUGAAGUUACUGUGGGUGAUGGCUGUACUGCUGUUUUAACCACUCAAUCUUCCACAAAGGUUUACAAGUCUGUUGGGUCGAAAUGUAGCCAACAAAAGUUGGAGGCUAGCAUUGGACGCGACUCACUUCUGGUCCUCAUUCCAGAUCCCGUAACAUGCUUUUCCACGGCAAGAUAUUCACAAGCACAAAUCUUCAAACUUGUGCCUGAUUCGAACUUGCUUUUUGUGGACUGGAUAACCAGUGGCCGCCAUGAAUCAGGCGAGAAAUGGGCCUUUUCUCAUUACAAGAGCAGUAACAGCAUUCUUUUACCGGGCAACGAACCUGUAUUUCUUGACACGAUACUUUUAGAGCAAGGGAGUCAAAGCAGUAUUUCUAGCUGGCUUCAAGACUACCAAGCAAUAGCUAUGAUUGUUCUUUUCGGGCCAAAGUUGAAGAAUAUUCAGAAUCUAAUCCAGGAAAAUGUGAAGAAAUUAAUGUCCCAACAACUUCAUCUUCCUUCAAUUAACUCACGGCAUGACUUGUCGAAACCGAGUUUUCUUGUUUCAUGCAACACGUUUGGCCCGAAGGGAAUAGGAGUUGUGGUCCGAGUAGCAUCCAUGACAACCGAAUCUGUGUACAAUUUCCUGCAGCAGCAAUUGGCUAGCUUCGAGCCCUUGCUUGGAGCUGCACCAUAUCGCUAGAAUGGAAUCGAGCUCAAGUUAAGAUGGAAUUUUUUUAAUUUUUUUUUUCAUUUUAUUUUCUGCUGUUAAAAGUGUCGUCAUCGAACACAUUAUCAUGUUGGUAGCAUAUUUUGAUUCUUCUUUUGUGGUACUACUUUCCAUAAACAUGAAAUAUCGCGAAUAAUUUCCUUUGUUAUGCCUUGUUCGUGGGAAAAUAUGCAGUGACCCGUGUUUGAAUGUAUCGUCUAUGGUACGGUCGUGUAGUUUAUGUGAGAUUUGAGUUCAAUUCUCUAUAUGAAUUGUAAGAUUCUGUAAAAUGAAGUUUAGAACCAUGAAAGUAUUUAUCAGAAGAGAUUUUUUUUUUUUU